UUGAUGGGACGCAGCCUGGCAGCAGCAGCACGCUCCUCUGGAGACGGCAUUGGGACUCUCAGCUGGAGAUAAUCUCCAGGGUCAUGACAAGACAGCGCCUCAGCCUCUUCACCCCCCUGGCUCUGCUGGGACUCCUCGUGGGGCUUGCAAACCUCAGCUGUUGCUCUGCCGGUGAGGACGAGGAUUACUACAUGCAGGAGCUGCUGUCUAGAGAGCAGUAUAACCAGGUCCAAGUGGUGGAGAAGCCUGUGGCCUCAAUACCUGACAGGCAUGAGCACCGCAGCCAAAACCCUGCCAAGAAAGUGCCCAAGGGAAAGGCAGACAGUAGCAGGCAGACGGAUAAAACCACAGCUGAUGCAAAAUCAGUGAAAACAGCCAACAAAAAGGCAGAGAAGAACAAGAAAGGCGCUUUGAAAAUCCCAAACAGCGUCUCAGAAGGAGACAGACAAGACAAUCCAAUGAAAGAGGAAUGCCCUCCCAUGGGACUGGAGACACUGAAGAUUGAUGAUUUCCAGCUUCACGCCUCAACUACGAAACGCUACGGCCUCGGUGCACACAGAGGUCGUCUUAACAUUCAGGCUGGCCUUUAUGAAGAUGACCUCUAUGAUGGGGCCUGGUGUGCUGGGAGAGAUGACCCACUGCAAUGGUUCGAGGUGGAUGCCAGGAGGCUGACGAAGUUCACAGGGGUUGUCACACAAGGCAGGAGCUCCCUCUGGUCGAGUGAUUGGGUGACCUCCUACAAGGUCAUGGUGAGCAAUGACAGUCACACCUGGAUAACGCUGAAAAAUGGCUCAGAAGACUUGAUCUUCAGUGCCAACAGGGAAAAGGAGAUCCCAGUCCGGAACAUUUUCCCAACACCUGUGGUCGCCCGAUAUAUUCGAGUCAACCCUCGGUCUUGGUUUAGCAGCGGCAGUAUUUGUAUGAGAGUGGAGAUCCUUGGCUGUCCUAUGCCAGAUCCAAAUAAUUAUUAUCACAGACGCAACGAGGUCAUAACAACCGAUGACUUGGAUUUCAGACAUCACAGCUAUAAAGAAAUGAGGCAGCUUAUGAAGGUUGUAAAUGAAAUGUGCCCCAAUGUCACCCGGAUCUACAAUAUAGGAAAGAGCCACAGUGGCCUCAAGCUGUAUGCCAUAGAGAUUUCUGAUAACCCAGGAGAGCAUGAAGUUGGUGAACCAGAGUUCCGCUACACGGCAGGUUCCCAUGGUAACGAGGUGCUGGGACGAGAGCUUCUCCUCCUGCUGAUGCAGUUCAUGUGUCUGGAGUAUCUGUCAGGCAACCAGCGCAUACGUCACCUGGUGGAGGAAACCAGAAUCCAUCUCUUGCCAUCUGUCAACCCUGAUGGGUACGAGAAAGCCUUUGAAGUGGGUUCAGAGCUGAGUGGCUGGUCUCUAGGGCGCUGGAGCAACGAUGGAAUAGACAUUCAUCAUAACUUCCCCGAUCUUAACUCCAUUUUGUGGGAAGCCGAGGCCAAGAAAUGGAUCCCUCGCAAAAUGUUAAACCACCAUGUGUCCAUCCCAGAGUGGUACCAGUCUAAAAAUGCCUCAGUUGCCGUGGAGACGCGGGCUCUGAUAACAUGGAUGGAGAAGAUGCCCUUUGUACUGGGUGGUAACAUCCAGGGAGGGGAGCUGGUGGUGACCUUCCCAUAUGACAAAACUCGCUCCCUAGGGGUGGCCAGGGGGCCGACCCCCACCCCGGAUGACCAUGUCUUCCGCUGGCUGGCCUUCUCGUAUGCUUCCACCCACCGCCUGAUGACUGAUGCCAACCGAAGGGUCUGCCACACCGAGGACUUUGCUAAGGAGGACGGCACCAUCAACGGCGCAUCCUGGCACACUGCAGCUGGCAGUAUGAACGAUUUCAGCUAUCUGCACACCAACUGCUUUGAGUUGUCGAUGUAUGUGGGCUGUGACAAAUUCCCUCAUGAGAGUGAACUGCCUGAAGAGUGGGAGAACAAUCGCGAGUCUCUUCUUGUCUUCAUGGAGCAGGUCCAUCGUGGGAUCAAAGGUGUAGUGAGGGAUCUGCAAGGCCGCGGAAUAGCAAAUGCUAUUGUUUCUGUGGAGGGCAUCAACCAUGAUAUUCGCACAGCUGCUGAUGGUGACUACUGGCGCUUGCUGAACCCCGGAGAGUACAAAGUAACAGCCAGAGCUGAGGGCUACAGCAUUAGCAGUAAGAAGUGCGAGGUGGGCUACGAGAUGGGUGCCACCAGGUGCGACUUCACUAUCGGCCGCACCAACCUGUCACGCAUCAAAGAAAUAAUGGAAAAAUUCAACAAGCAGCCCAUCAAAUUGCCCCUCAGGCAGCUCCAAGCUCGCAGGUCCAGAGAAAGACGUUUGGGGACACAAUGACUGUAUGAGGAUGCCGGGGGGAGAAUUAAAAACAAACAUCUGCUCUGAUCAGACUGGGGUGAACUCCAAGCCUGGGUUUGGACCUCUGUCAGAUUCCUUCACAGUGCUGUCAGUGGAACGGCUGUUUGGAGAAAAUGAGGAUUAAUUUAAACGGGAUGCUUUAUUUGUUUUUUUUGUUUUGUUUCAUCCCAAGACAUAAGCUCUUUGUUCACUGUCAUCUCAACCUUUGUUUUUUUUAAUAU